UGUCGUCAUGAUUCUGAACCAGAUUUUGCGACUCUCAUCCAUUUUUCGCUCCGCUGUGUCCACUCAGUUGCGCAGAAACAUAGGGCUUUCUGCUGUCGUCUUUAAUAAGACAAAAGAGCUCGAUCCAGUUCAGAAGCUCUUCUUGGACAAGAUCAGAGAAUACAACACAAAGAGCAAGCAAGCAGGAGGGCCUGUUGAUGCAGGCCCUGAAUUUCAGAAAGAAAUGAACGAAUCCCUUGCUCGACUUCAACGGGCAUAUGGUGGGGGAGAUCUAACUAAGUUUCCAGAAUUUAAAUUUGAGGAGCCCAACUUUGAGGAGACUCCAAAAUGAUUUCUGUAGGUUGCAGCAUACCAAGCAGCAGCAUACAGCAGUGGAGUUGCUGAACAUGGCACCAGUUGUAACUUAAUAAAUGCAGUGUUGAAGUUUGAUUUCA